CCGCCGCAGCCACCCGGGAGCCGGGCCGGGCGGCGAUCAUGCUGAGCCGGCUCGGGGCGCUGCUGCAGGAGGCCGUGGGGGCGCGGGAGCCCAGCAUUGACCUGUUGCAGGCCUUCGUGGAGCACUGGAAAGGCAUCACACAUUACUACCUCGAAAGCACAGAUGAGAACACCCCAGCCAAGAAAACGGACAUUCCCUGGCGGUUGAAGCAGAUGCUGGACAUCCUGGUGUAUGAGGAGCAGCAGCAGGCGGCCGCAGGCGAGGCAGGGCCCUGUCUGGAGUACCUGCUGCAGCACAGGAUCCUGGAGACACUGUGCACUCUGGGCAAGGCCGAGUACCCACCCGGCAUGCGGCAGCAGGUGUUCCAGUUCUUCAGCAAAGUGCUGGCCCAGGUGCAGCACCCCCUGCUGCACUACCUCAGCGUCCACAGGCCUGUACAGAAACUUCUCCGACUUGGCGGGACAGUUCCCGGGUCCCUGACAGAAAAGGAGGAGGUGCAGUUCACCACUGUCCUCUGCUCCAAGAUCCAGCUGGACCCAGCCUUGCUCACCUACAUCCUGGAAGGUAAAAAGACUGUAGAUAGGAAGAAGGCAUCUGAAGAUUUCCCUUCCCUGCCGAGGAGGGACACAGCCAGCCACAGGGACAAGGACCAUUCCCACAGCAGUGCUUCUGCCAAGGGUCCCCAGCUGGAUGGGAAACCCUGCGGGGCCCAGGUCUCAGAUAGCCACCUGCCUGCUGAGACUGAGGAGCCAGAUGGUGGGAUAGGAGAGAGCAACCUGGUCACCUCCCUGCUUGGGCUGUGCAAGAGCAAGAAGAGCCGACUGGCACUGAAGGCCCAGGAGAACCUGCUGCUCCUGGUGAAUGUGGCUUCCCCGGCAGCUACCGCCUACCUGGUGCAGAGCAGCUCUUGCUGUCCUGCCGUCACCGAGCACCUGUGCCAGCUGUACCAGUCCCUGCCUGCCUUCCUGGACCCUGCAGACAUUGCUGCCUUGGAGGGUAUCAGCUGGAGGUUGCCCAGUGCCCCAUCUGAUGAAGCUUCCUUCCCUGGCAAGGAUGCCUUGGCUGCCUUCCUGGGCUGGUUUGAUUACUGUGACCACCUUAUUUCAGAGGCACACUCGGUGGUUGCAGAUGCCUUGGCAAAGGCUGUGGCUGAGAAGCUGUUUGUGGAGACUUUACAACCCCAGCUCCUGCACGUGUCUGAGCGGAACAUCCUAAUCUCCACCGCCCUCUUCACGGACAUGCUGCGCCAGCUUCGCUCCCCUGCUCUGCUGAGAGAGGCUGUGGCUUUCCUCCUGGGCACAGACCAGCAGCCUGAAGGCCCUGAGGACAGCCCCCGCACCCUGUGUGCCCACCUCAUUGGGCACUGUGACCACCUCUCUGAUGAGAUCAGCAUCGCCACACUGAGGCUGUUCGAGGAGCUGCUCCAGAAGCCCCAUGAGUGGAUCAUCCGCAGCCUGAUCCUGUGCCACCUUGAGGGCUGCCCCUAUGUGGCCCGGGGCUCACCCGAGCCUGAGAGCUAUGAGGAUACCCUAGACCUGGAAGAAGACCCCUACUUCACAGACGGCUUCCCCAGCUCCGGCUUUCAGCCCUCCACAAAGCCUCGCCCAGCUCCUGCCACCAAUGCAGAUGGGAAAACAGCAGUGACCGAGAUCGUCAACAGCUUCCUCUGCCUGGUCCCUGAGGAAGCCAGAACCUCUGCUCUCCUGGAGGACACAGCCUAUGACACAUACGUCCACGAUGCCUAUGGCCUGUUCCAAGAGUGCAGUUCCCGCGUUGCCCUCUGGGGCUGGCCUCCUGGUCCCACACCCUUGGAUCCCCAUGAGCCUGAAAGGCCUUUCUGAGGCCACUUCCUUCGUAUGCUGUUUGAUCACAUGUCCCGGAUUUUGGAUCAGCCAUACAGCCUGAACCUGCAGGUGACCUCAGUCCUGUCUCGGCUCGCCCUCUUCCCCCACCCCCACAUCCACGAGUACCUCCUGGAUCCCUACAUCAGCCUGGCUCCCGGCUGCAGGAGCCUGUUCUCUGUGCUUGUCAGGGUGAUCGGGGACUUGAUGCAGAGAAUUCAGAGGGUCCCCCAGUUCCCCGGCAAACUGUUUCUGGUGCGCAAGCAGCUGAUGGGCCAGGUCCCUGGGGAGCAGCUGGACCACCAGACUCUCCUCCAGGGCGUGGUAGUACUUGAGGAAUUCUGCAAGGAGCUCGCCGCCAUUGCUUUCGUCAAGUUUCCCCCACGAGGUCCCCACCUGAACCUCUCCCCACCCCCAGAAGGGCAAGUCUGAGCCAGGAGCAGGACAGUGGGAGACUCCUGUCCACACCUCUGCCCUAGAGCUGCCUCCUGCCUGGCACUGCUGCCACACCCUCCUCCCUGGUGGGGGCUUGCACUCUUAGGCUCAGUCAAGGAGACCAUGAAUUGUCGACCACACUGAACUGGGUUUCAGGGAGGGGGCCUCCAAGUUCCCAGGUGCCCAGGAGCCAAAGAGAUGGCUCCCCAGGCAGCAUGGUAUCCCUGAGGACUUCUCGGAGGAGCUGGGUGGCGGCCAGGGCAAGACGGGGAGUGAGCUGUUGACUCCAAGGUAGACCAGGACCCAGGCCAGAGAGAUGGGGCCGGGAGCCCUGUCACAUUAGGAACCAUGAAAACAGCUCAGUGAGACUUCACAUUUUUUCUCUGCCUUCUUGACUUAACCUAUGAAGAAGGGACAGUGAAGGGGAUACUCAGACCCCUCUGCCUGUUCUGCCUGCUGGAGAUUGUUACAAAAUUCCCAACACCUCAUGGCAAGUGCCCCAAAGUUGUUCCGCGCCCAGGCGGGGGCAGCUGUUAAUAAGAACCUUGCUGCAGCUGCGGCCAGGGCGGGAGUGGGCCAGGGAGCUGGGUGCCAGGCUACGGCUCCAGCCGGUUUCUCUCUGGCGCCUUCUGAACCCGUCUCUGCAGGUCCACAACACCUGGGCAGAGAGGUCAGAGACCCGGGAGGCCAGGCUUUGCCCUCUACAUUCUGCCCAGCAGCCUGUGUUCUCGGUGGCAUGCCCUUCAAGGGGAACAAGGGAGCUUGGGGUCCUUAUAAGGACAAGCUGCCCCUGACUCCAAGCCCUAAGGCCUGGUGAGGAGGAGCCAAGGCUCAGACAGCCAGUUCUGGUGUUGUUCUCCCUGCAUGCCCUCCGUGGCAGGGGCUGCUACCCCACCCGGCCCAAAUCUGUCUCGACCUGCAGGAAUAUACCGGCAGCGCCAGGCAUUACCUCACAGCGCGACUGCCGUUGCUGGCUUCGCUCCUGGGCAAGGAGGAGCAGGCCAGAGCCCCUUUCGCUUCCUUUUCCUGCCCAUGCGGCUUCUAGAAGCCGGGCACAGUUUGCCAAGAGGUGACAUGAAAGAGGAGGAAACUCCAUGACCUCUGCCUCUCCCGCAUUCCUCCCAGCAGGGGAGGACUCAGCUGCUGUUCUGAAGAACACCGUGUGUGCACGCACAUGGGUGUUGGUCUGGACAGGGAGCAGAUCUCAGUGGGUGAAUUGAGUCUGGACUCUUAGAUUCUGACAAUGUUCGAGGGUCUACAAGUGACAGACCUUCCCCUCUCCUCAGUGCACUUUGGUGUUUGCACGGCAUCUUCCCCGGACAGCACAGCAAUAAAUGGUGUGAUUGUGUGGAAAAAAAAAAAAAAA